UGUGGAAAAGAAUUCUAUAAAUCAACUCGAGGACCACUUCGUUAAAAACUUCUCUAAAACCCAUUAUUUCCAUUUCUUCAAUAAUUUGUGAGUUAUGGCAGGAAGGUGGAAUCUUGAAGGCUGCACUGCCCUUGUUACUGGUGGCUCUCGAGGCAUAGGGUAUGGGAUCGUAGAGGAACUAGCAGGUCUUGGAGCAUCAGUUUAUACAUGUUCACGUAAUCAAAAGGAGCUUAAUGAGUGCUUGACUCAAUGGAGAAGUAAAGGUUUUAAAGUUGAAGCAUCUGUUUGUGAUUUAUCAUCAAGAACUGAACGAGAGGAGUUUAUGAAGACUGUCGCCAAUCAUUUCGAUGGCAAGCUCAAUAUUUUGGUAAAUAAUGCUGGUAUUGUCAUAUACAAAGAAGCUAAAGAUUACACUAUGGAAGAUUACUCUCUGAUCAUGAGCAUCAACUUUGAGGCUGCUUACCAUUUGUCUGUACUUGCACAUCCCUUAUUAAAGGCAUCAGAAAGGGGAAAUGUUGUCUUUAUUUCUUCUAUUUCUGGUGCUUCUGCACUUCCAUAUGAGGCAGUUUAUGGAGCAACCAAAGGAGCAAUGGAUCAACUCACAAGAUGCUUAGCGUUUGAGUGGGCAAAGGACCAUAUUCGUGUCAACGGUGUUGGACCAGGGGUUAUUGCAACUUCUCUUGUCGAAAUGACAAUACAAGAUCCAGAGCAAAAAGAAAACUUGGAUAAGUUGAUUGAUAGAUGUGCGCUCCGUCGAAUGGGAGAGCCCAAAGAACUUGCAGCAGUGGUUGCGUUUCUCUGUUUUCCUGCUGCUUCAUAUGUCACAGGCCAAAUUAUAUAUGUUGAUGGUGGCUUUAUGGCUAAUGGUGGUUUUUAAUCAUCCUUCAAUUUGCCUUUACUUUUGUAAAUUAUCAAAUAAGGGAAGGAAUUGAACUUCCUAUUUCGGCUGCAGAGACCAAGUCAUUCAACUAUUCAAAGUAAUCUACUUUAUUAGUGGUGGAAUAAUUUCGAAAAAGAAUUUCAAGUUGACUUUUUGCGAAAGGGAAGAUGGCUUUUUGUCAAAGAAUAAUGAUGUAGAGAAAUAUAGCAGAACAAAAGUAAAUUGGGGAGACUUUCUGCUAACCCAAGAUUGUUAACUAAGAUUGGAAGAUUCAACUAAAGAAGAGGAAGCUUUGGAAAGGAGAACUUUGUAAUGGAAGAAGACUCUUUUGAAUUAGCUUGAAUGACUUACAAUUGGAUUUUUUAUGGGUUGAUUACAAAUGACUAAGGCCGCCCCUAUUUAUACUUGUGUAGGGAUGGUUCUAGAAAUACUUCUAGAUACAUCCAUUAGAAAAAUCUAGUUAUCUUUAUCUCCUACCACUACUUUAGAAUAUCUUGAUAUUAUUCUAGAUAUAGAUAAUUCUAUCUUCAACUACAAAUAUCUAAGUGUCUAGAAUUUCUAGACAUUUUCUAAAUACAAUAUAUAUCAAAGAUAUUACAUUAUAGCUUUCUAGAAA